AUGUCAUCAACGAAACCACGUGUAGCCUUCGUGACCGGCGUCGCUGCUCGAGGGAUUGGACGUUCUAUAGCCCUCCAACUGGCAAAAGAUGGAAUGUCCGUCGCUAUCAACGAUAUCCCUUCCCGGAAAGAAGAACUUACAGACAUCGAGGAAGAGAUUCGUGAACUGUACCGCUCUGGUACGGGGGGACAGAAUUGUAUUAUCGCCGUAGGGGACGUUUCUUCCGAGGAAGAUGUGAAACGGAUGGUAGAGGAAGUAGUGGACCAGCUGGGUAGUUUGGAUGUGAUGGUAGCAAAUGCUGGGAUCUUUCCCCCGGUCAAAACAUUUGUAGACACUUCUGUAGAUACAUUCGAUAGAAUCAUGUCCGUCAAUGCCAGAGGGAUCUUCCUUUGCUAUCAGCAUGCUGCACGUCAAAUGAUUAAACAACGGCGCGGAGGGAGGAUCAUAGGCGCAUCCUCCCUUGCCGGCAAACAAGGCAUGCCCAUGGGAAGUACAUACACAGCGAGCAAGUUUGCUGUUCGUGGACUGACGCAGGCCGUAGCAUUGGACCUUGGAAAGCACGGGAUCACCGUGAACGCAUAUGCUCCCGGUUGUGUCGACACAGACAUGACUCAGACUGUCGCCAAUGAAAUAGGCGAUCCGUCUAUCUUCAUAAACACCGAAGAGAGUGCGGCCGCCCUUGGGAGGAUCGGAAAAUCGAAUGAAGUUGCGGCUUUAGUGUCUUUCCUGGCGUCUGAGGACUCGAGUUUUAUCACAGGACAGAUUAUCUCUGUCGACGGAGGAAGAAAUACUGGCUAA